AUGGUGGACAACACCAACAACUUCCACGGAGUUGCCCCUGACAAGGGAACACUCAACGGUCCGAUCGUCAACGCCACGGCGCAAGCGGACCUGCGAAACCAAAAGAGCAGUCCAAAUGCCACUGCCGUGCACUUCACUACCGAGUAUGCCGGAGACCUCCAGGCACGGCAGGACCACGAGUACUGGCUCGCCAACGUCCCUCACGGCAUCAUGCCCUACCAGAAUAACCAGGGGUCCGACUACCAGUUCUACCGUAACGUCAAGGACUUUGGCGCCAAGGGCGACGGGGUGACGGACGACACCAUCGCCAUUAACCUGGCCGUGUCGUCGGGCAACCGCUGCGGCCUCCCGGAGAACUGCGGAUCGACUACCGUCUCGGGGGCGCUCGUGUACUUCCCGCCGGGGACGUACGUGGUCAGCUCGCCCAUCAUCCAGUAUUACUACACGCAGUUCGUCGGCGACCCACUGAACCGGCCUGUUAUCAAGGGGGCGCCCGACUUCAGGGGCAUUGCCCUCAUUGACAGCGACGUCUACAUCCCCGGCGGCAACGGUGCCGAGUGGUACAUCAACCAGAACCAGUUCUACCGGCAGAUCCGCAACAUGGUGUUUGACCUGACAGCCAUGAACGACACCAACCAGGACGGCGACCAGACGUUUGUGCCGACGGGCCUCCACUGGCAGGUGGCGCAGGCCACGUCGCUGCAGAACCUGCAGUUCAUCAUGCCGGACCCGCACUUCGGCCCGACCAGCACCGUCGGCAUCUUCAUGGAGAACGGCAGCGGCGGGUUCGUCAGCGACCUGGAGUUCAUUGGCGGGAACAUCGGCUUCCGGGCGGGCUCGCAGCAGUUCACGGCGCGGAACCUGCAGUUCUUCAACUGCGGCACGGCCAUCAGCAUGAUCUGGGACUGGGGCUUCACCUGGAAGAGCGUCACCUUCACCAACUGCUUCGUGGCCAUCGACUGCUCCGCGAUGGGGCAGGGCCCGGACGCACAGGGGACGGGCUCCAUCACGUUGCUCGACUCGUCCCUCGUUGCGGUGCCGUUCGCCGUCCCGGUCAACCCGAACUUCAUCCCCAACUUCGUCAUGGACAACGUCCAGAUCCAGAACGUCGACUUCCUCGUCUUCCAACCAGGGUCGACCAACUACCUGGAGGGCCAGGCCGGGCCGAUCACGAUCCAGUCGUGGGCCAUGGGCAAGCGGUAUACCAGCGUCGACGGCGAGGGCGGCAGCGUCAUCGGGUUUGUGUCCCCGGUGCCGGACAAGUCGCCGCUGCUGCUCGACGCAAACGGUAAGUUCUUCGAGCGCAGCAAGCCGCAGUACGAGAACUUCGGCGCCGGCAGCUUCCUGGUCGCCACCGACUUCCCCAAUCUCCGCAACGACGGCACGGGCGACCAGUCCGGAGCCAUCAACGGGUUUCUCGAGCUCGCGGCCAGCUCCGGGAACUUCGCCUUCUUCCCGGCCGGCGUCUACCGGGUGGAGUCCACCGUGCUUGUCCCGGCGGGUGUUGUCGUGAUCGGCGAGGGCUGGUCGCAGAUCAUGGGCGCCGGGCCCAACUUCCAGGACGAGAACAACCCGCAGGUGGUGGUCCGCUUUGGCAAUGCUGGCGACCGGGGCAGCAUGGAGGUCAGCGACAUGCUCUUCACGGUGGAAGGCCCCGCGCCGGGGGCCAUUCUGGUCGAGUGGAACAUCGCGCAGGGCGCGCAGGGCCAGGCCGCCAUGUGGGACUGCCACUUCCGCGUGGGCGGCGCCAUCGGGUCGCGGAUGCAGCUGGAGAACUGCGCGAAGCUGAGCGGCCGGGUCCUGGACGAGUGCAAGGGCGCGUACAUGCUGAUGCACAUCACCGAGCGGGCGUCGGGCUACUUCGAGAACAUCUGGAUGUGGACGGCCGACCACGACCUCGACAACCAACCGGCGGGGAGCAACACCACCGGCGCCGGCCAGAUCGACAUCUACACGGGCCGCGGCCUCCUCGUCGAGUCGCAGGGCCCCGUGUGGCUGUACGGCACCUCCUCCGAGCACAACAUCUUCUACCAGUACCAGUUCUCCGGCGCGGCCAACAUCUACUCGGGCCACAUGCAGACCGAGACACCGUACUUCCAGCCCAGUCCGAAUGCGCUGCAGGUCUACACGCCCACGGACUCGGACCCGUCCUUCGCCGACUGCGACAAUGACGAGCACUGUGUCGAAGCCUACGCCCUGCGCGUGCUCGACUCCACGAACAUCUACAUCUACGGCGCCGGCUUCUACAGCUUCUUCGACUCGUACACGCAGGACUGCGUCCCGCUGGAAACGUGCCAGAACCGCCUCGUCGAGACCUCCUUCAGCGAGCGUGUUUGGCUCUACGAUCUGUACACCAAAGGCUCGAUCCAGGCAAUCAGCCCCGCGGGCGGUGUGCCGGCGCCGGUUCUGCAGUCGGACGACGGGGUACAGCACGGGUUCACGACCGAGAUCAGCGUCUGGCUGCCGCUGGCCCAUGACGGCGCCGCGCAAUUCGGCGCCAACCCCGACGGAGGCAGCGGCGGUGGCAUCGUUUUCGUGGACCCGUCCAUCUGGAACGGGACGGACCACACGGCAGCCUGCACUCCGCCGUGUCAAAUCGUCCUGCCGCCGUUGAAGCUGCCGACGGCAGCGACCAUCAGCUUCCCGCCGUACAGCACAUCCAUCAGCGAGAUAUGCGACGACGGGGGCGUGACGGUGCACUCAACCGUCAUCAGCAUUCCCCCAGUCACCACGACCAAGAUCAACUACUGGAACGUCAACGUAACGACCGCGCCGACCACGUUGGUGGCCGAGUCCAGCAUCCAGCAGACGCCCUUCGCCAUCACGCAGGCCUGCAACGGCAUGACCACGACAUUCAUCCCGCCGCCGUUCCCGCUCCAGACCAGCGACGCGACGAGGAACAAUCCGACGGUCACUGUCACGUCCGGACCACCCGGGCCCACCUGCACCGGCGACUGCGGCGACAAGUGCCACCUCUUCUGCGACGGGCCGUGC